AUGCCUGAGUUUGUCAAGCAAAGGAGCAUGGUUGAUAUCUCUUGGACACGCUGCUUCAUUGCCGCAACUGGGAAUCUGUGGCUGUACCUUUUUCUGGUCAAGGUCGUCUCAUGCAACUGGUAUCCAUUGAUACCGGUGAUCCAGAUUGCGUGUGAACCUAUCUUCCAUUAUUUCGCCGGUGCUGAAAAGACACCCCGGUAUAAUAUGCCUGUUUCUCCAUUGCUACAUGCUAGCAACUGCUUCGAAUGGGGUUUCCGGCAGGUUCUUGAAACCCCAGAGCUCGCUGUAACUCCUUCGACAUAUCUGGCUUUAAUCCUGGCCAGCCGUCUCCAAUUAGAUCUACAUCUGUUGACGAUUUUCCGUCAUCGAAAAGAUCUUCAAUGGGCUAGGCAGAAUAUUCUACCAUCCACUCAGGCUCUCGUUGGUUAUCUCGCCGCGUUGCUUUUCGCGGAGCACGCGGGAAUUCCUAUUGCAAGUUACAUCAAACCGAUCACUGUCAUUUCCAUGGAUAUUAUAGGUUUCCUGCCGCAUAUAAUUGCUUCAAGCUAUGCUAUUGCUUUUGACCAGGUGUAA